GUUUUAACAUUGCAUCACUUGUGUAUAGACGUUUAUUUCAAAUUACUCACUUCUACUUCUGAUGCAUCUGAUUGGUCCUUAGAGGUUGUUUUAUUUUGGGCUGCUAUGGUUUAUAAUCGCCUGAGAAACUUGCCAUUUCUAAUUGAGAAUUACUUUAAAAUUAUUUUGACGUAAUUUCUGACCCAGACUUUUAAGCUUAUCCAAAGUCACUUUUAAUACAUCGUGAUAUUAAUUCGUAACGCGAGAGUCAACACCGCUGCGUAUGAAUUCCGCAUAAAAUGUCAGAAAUAUAUUUCGCACGACUGUGUACUCUUUAUAAAUGGAAUAAGGAAUCAGGAUAUGGUUUCAGUCUACAGGCGACGAAAGGGAAGAUUGGCCACUAUAUAACGGAAGUCGAUCGCAAAUCUCCGGCUUAUGCUGCUGGUUUACGAGAUGAUGAUUUUGUUGUUGAAGUGAAUGGCACUAACGUUGUGGCUGAACAACAUCAAAAUGUAGUACAGAGAAUAUUAACUGAUCCAAUGAAAGUCUCUCUGCUUGUGGUAGAUCCAUAUUCAAAAAGUUACUUUGAAACAAAUUCAAUCCCUGUGAGUAACUGUAUGGCUGGUGUGAAGAAAAUUGACUGUCCACUGGUUAGUCCGUUUUCAACUGAUAAAAUGACUAAUGGACAUAGUAAAUCAUUUUCAGAAGACAGUCAAUCAACCAAUGAAUUAGAAAACAAAAAAGUUGGAAAAACUGAUAAACCCAGUGUUCAAUCGUCUAGUCGUGCAUCAUCAAUUUCCGUUUCAAAUUCAUAUAACACAACACCAGAUGCAAGUCUGCAGAAUAUUUCACCAGUUUAUGUAAAUUCGGUUAAACAGGAACGAGUCAAUAGUGUUCUAUCAAGUCAAAGUACAAAUAUCCCACGAGGAAGUAAUAGUCCCAAUUCAUAUGACAGUCGGUACUCAGUUGAUUCUAAGAAAAAUUUAGACCUAAUCGAACCGAGGCCAAGUAGUGUAUAUAAAGGUCGUGGACGGAAACAAGUGUUAACUUCACUGGAUUUCAAAGCACGUGCAAAAAUCUUUAAUGAUUUGUAAAAACGGAAUUGGUCCCUAUCUUUUGUUUUUCUUUUUCUCAACGAAUACAAUAAGCUGACCAAUACAAGAGCUCAUCUAUGAAUACUAUCACCAUUUGAUAAAAAAGAGAGUAUAAAUCAGAGGCUUUAAAUGGCAAUAUCAAGCUCUUCUUAUUUAUUUUCCACGUUCUACUUUUUUCUCCUACUCACCUGAUUGAUAUGAAUAAUAUUACGAUUAUUUUGUAUAUUUUAACAAAUAAGC